AUGAAUUAUAUUCUAUCAAAUAUCGACUGGGAUUUACGAUUUUCAACAUGUCAAUUGAUGAAAUGUUUGAUGAUUUGA